AUGAACAGACAAGUCUGCAAGAAAUCCUUCAGUGGUGGGAGCCAGGGCUUCUCCGGCCGCUCUGCCGUGGUCUCUGGCAGCAGCAGGAUGAGCUGUGUGGCCCGCUCUGGGGGAGCCAGCAGAGGGGCCUGUGGGUUCCGGAGUGGAGCAGGUGGCUUUGGCAGUCGCAGCCUCUACAACCUGGGUGGCAACAAGAGCAUCUCCAUCAGUGUGGCAGCUGGAGGAUCCCGGUCUGGUGGCUUUGGUGGAGGGCGUAGCAGCUGUGGCAGUGGCUUUGGGGGCAGCUAUGGAGGCAGCUUUGGUGGUGGCUAUGGAGGUGGCUUUGGUGGUAGCAGAGGAAUGGGAGGUGGCUUUGGGGGAGCUGGUGUCUUUGGAGGGGCUGGUGGCUUUGGAGAAGCUGCUGGCUUUGGUGGGCCUGGUGGUUUUGGCCCUGGUGGCUACCCUGGGGGAAUCCAGGAAGUGACUGUCAACCAGAGCCUCCUGCAGCCCCUCAAUGUGGAGAUUGACCCCCAGAUUGGGCAAGUAAAGUCCCAGGAGAGGGAGCAGAUCAAGACCCUCAACAACAAGUUUGCCUCCUUCAUCGACAAGGUGCGGUUCCUGGAACAGCAAAACAAGGUCCUGGAGACCAAGUGGGAACUGCUCCAGCAGCAGACCACAGGCUCUGGCUCCAGCCCCAACAACCUGGAGCCUUACUUUGAAUCCUACAUCAGCUUCCUCCAGAAGCAGCUGGAUUCACUUCAAGGGGAAAGGGGGAACCUGGAGGGAGAACUGAAGAACAUGCAGGUCCUGGUGGAGGACUUCAAAAAGAAGUAUGAAGAUGAGAUCAACAAACGCACUGUGGCAGAGAAUGAGUUUGUGGGGCUCAAGAAGGACGUGGAUGCCGCUUACAUGAACAAGGUGGAGUUGCAGGCUAGAGCGGACAGCCUGACAGAUGAAACCAACUUCCUGAGGACACUCUAUGAAAUGGAGCUGUCCCAGAUGCAGAGCCAUAUCAGUGACACAUCUGUGGUGUUGUCUAUGGACAACAACCGGAACUUGGACCUGGACGGCAUCAUUGCUGAGGUUCGCACUCAGUACGAGGAGAUCGCCCAGAGGAGCAAGGCCGAGGCUGAGGCACUGUACCAGACCAAGCUUGGGGAGUUGCAGACCACAGCCGGCAGGCAUGGUGAUGACCUGAGGAGCACCAAGAGUGAGAUCAUGGAGCUCAACAGGAUGAUCCAGAGGCUGCGGGCUGAGAUCGAGAGUGUCAAGAAACAGAAUGCCAACCUUCAGGCGGCCAUUGCAGAAGCUGAGCAGCGUGGGGAGAUGGCCCUCAAGGACGCAAAUGCCAAGCUCCAGGACCUGCAGGCUGCUCUACUGAAGGCCAAGGACGACUUGGCCCGGCUGCUGCGUGACUAUCAGGACCUGAUGAACAUCAAGCUGGCCCUAGAUGUGGAGAUUGCUACCUACAAGAAGCUUCUGGAAGGCGAAGAGUGCAGGAUGUCUGGAGAGUGUCAGAGUGCUGUGUGCAUUUCGGUUGUCAGCAAUGUCACCAGCACAAGCAGCAGCUCCAGUGGUGGCCGUGGAGACUUCAGAGGGGUCAGUGGCAGCAGCAGCAGUGGCUACAGAGCUGGCAGCGGCAGCAGCAGCAGAGGCAGCAGUGGCUACUCAGGGAGUGGCAGCAGGCUUGGCAGUGGAGGCAGCAGCCCCGUGAGCCAGAGUGGACUGGGCUCCAGCUCUGGCGGCACCCAGACCUCUGGAGGCAGUAGCUACAAGUCUGGCAGUGGAGGCAGCACCAGUGUCCGCUUCUCCCAGACCACCAGCUCCAGCCAGCACUGCUCCAAGUGA